AUGCUGCGGGGCGAGCCAGGACUAGGCCUCAAGGCGCGGAAGGGGGCCGAAGACUCUGCGGAGGACUUGGGGGGCCCCUGCCCCGAGCCCGGGGGUGAUUUGGGGGUGCUGGGGGCGAACGGCGCUUCCCCUGGCCAGGGCGAGGCAGAAGAGCCGGCUGGGAGGAGGCGCGCGCGGCCAGUGCGGUCCAAGGCGCGGCGCAUGGCGGCCAACGUGCGGGAGCGCAAGCGCAUCCUGGACUACAAUGAGGCCUUCAACGCGCUGCGCCGGGCGCUGCGGCACGACCUGGGCGGCAAGAGGCUCUCCAAGAUCGCCACGCUGCGCAGAGCCAUCCACCGCAUCGCCGCGCUCUCCCUGGUCCUGCGCGCCAGUCCCGCGCCCCGCGAGCCCUGCGGACACCUGGAGUGCCACGGCCCAGCUGCGCGCGGGGACACCGGAGACACAGGCGCCAGCCCCCGGACGCCUGCAGGGCCCAGCCUCGCACGCCCAGACGCCGCCCACCCCUCGGUGCCGUCUGCGCCCCGCUGUGCCUCGUGCCCCCCGCACGCGCCCCCGGGACGGCCCAGCGCGGUGGCCGAGGGGCCGGGCCUAACCCAGGCCUCCUGGGGAAGCUGGCGCCGCUGUCCGGGGCCUUCCUCUGCUGGGCUGCCUCCCUGGCCGCGGGGCUACCUGCGAGCCGCUCCCAGGAUGGGCCACCCGCGCUCCUGA